AUGGACAGUCCCAAUCAUGAACUGGACGCGCAGGCCAGGCCACCUCAAGAACUACUCUGCCCACCUCUUGAGCACCAAGACCUCUUCGACAUUCGUGCUUCAGACCAAGUCGCGGAGCAAUGGCUGUCGCCCGGAGGGAUUUUGCCGCUAGACACGCAUUCUCAAACUCUCGACCAACACUUUCAACCGCUUGUCGAAGAACCUAGGCAAUCAAUCAAGUCCAGUACCGAACAGGCUGCAGGGGCGUUGAGGCUUUACUCAACGCUAUGUGAGACUUAUAAAACGAAAAAGGCUGAGAGCCGACGCCUUGAAGAUGAGAACGAGGCGCUUCACAUCCACAAUAUCGAGUUACUUGAACAGCAGAGAGCCCUAGAGUGCCGCCACGCUGAACAGGAGGCUUUAAUCACCUACUACGGGCAGAUGUUUGAUAAAGUACGAGGGGAAAUGGCGGGUGUCAUAAGGGACUGGGAAGGCCCUCUUAAUCAGGCUACACCAGAGAAGUUUGAUGUAAUUAAUGAAGACGCAUCUUAG